AUGACUGAUGUGACUCAACCGAAAAAGAAAUAUGGUCGCCCUGAUGAUGAGCAUGUAAUUAAUUUCAUGAAGAUUGCCAAACCAGCGGCAAUCAUCUCAAUCCUUUUGACCAUUGCAAGUAUCUUCUUUAUUGCAACCAAAGGCUUAAAUCUUGGUUUAGAUUUUACUGGUGGUGUUUCUGCAGAAUUGAACUAUCAAUAUGCGGCAAAACCAGCAGACGUGAUUUCCAAUUUGGAUAAAGCUGGCUUUAAAGAUGCAGUUGUACAAACAUUAGGUUCAAAUAAAGACUUAAUUGUACGUAUGCCAGCGCAAGACCUUAAAGUUGAAGACUUAAGUAAUACCAUCACCAAAGCGGUUCAACUGCCGAAUAACACUGCCGUUGUUCAUAAGGUUGACUCUGUCGGUGGUCAAGUCGGUAAUGAGCUAUAUUUACGCUCUGCAGGUGCUGUAGCACUUGCAAUGCUACUUAUGCUGAUCUACGUGACCAUUCGCUUUGAGUUUAAACUUGCAGUUGGUGCAGUGCUUUCAUUACUGCACGAUGUGAUCGUAACGAUUGGUAUUUUUGCAAUGAUGCAAUGGCCAUUUGACCUUACUGUUUUAGCGGCUAUUCUUGCCUUAAUCGGCUUCUCGUUAAACGAUAACAUUGUUGUAUCGGAUCGUAUCCGUGAAAACUUCCGUAAGAUUCGUGGCGCGACACCGUUAGAAAUUGUGAAUAUUGCCUUAACUGAAACCUUAAAACGUACUAUUCAUACCUCGAUGACAUUAUUGCUGGUUGUACUUGCAAUGAUGUUCUUGGGUGGUGAUGGCUUACACUGGUUCUCAGUUGCUAUGUUUAUUGGUGUACGUAUUCUUCAAUCUAUAUCGGUACUGCAUUUGCAUUGUGGCGUGGUCUUAAUCGUCAAGACUUUAUCGUACAAGUUAAACCUGAAUUUGAAGAUGAAGAUGAAGAGCAUAUUCCUCAUUAAGUUUCAGUUUUAA